AUGUUCAGAUGUAUCGUAAAACUAGAACAACUUCCUUUACUACUUGCUUCACAACUUGGCGUUUUUCCUUCAGAAGUUGACCGUCGACUUGUACAUUUAUUAUGCGAUUGUAUUUUCCCCUACUCUUUUGGGGAAGGAGUUAAUGGACGUGUUUCAGUCCCUGCAGUGCUUAUUCUCGUUCUUCACCAUUCUGCUGAUAAUUCAUUACACACCUUAAUCAUUGAACGGCUGGCUUAUCGUCUGCCUGAUUUAUACUCAGAUUUGUUAACGGUAAUCGCUUCUGGUACGAGUGAAUCACGCAUUGCAGCAGUUAACUUGCUUUUCCAUUAUUGGCCGUUAUUAUAUCCAGGAAUUAUGCUCAGACGGACAGUUCAAUAUCGAGUACAGGCUUGGUCAUCUCCACAAUGUCAGAAUACACAGUGCGUGGAGAAGGGUCCAAGGCAUGCAGGGUGUAAUUCUUCAAAUCGAAUAGCUAAGGGUACCUGCUUUGAUGAGGAUUGUAUUCGGUCGAAUGGGCAUGUGCCUCUGAGACUGUGUGAAGUAAUACUUCUGAAAGACAAAUUUAAAAAUUUUUUCCUUGCUUUAUCAAAGGAAUGCUUCAAUGCUCUUCACCCAGUAGAAAACAUACGGGCAUACGAGCACAACCGGCAUAGUGGGCAUGGUUCUGUCUGGGGCUCUCCCUAUGAGAGAGUGAUGGUUGAAGCUAUUGUAAAGCUGUUAAGAGAGACCUCUUCAAAGCUUACCGAACUUUCUGCGGAUGGUGAAUCGGCAAAAAGACCAAAAUGGCUAAGACAAUUGGAGGGUGGGAGAGAACUUGGGCGUGAAAUUGAUCCAUUAAGUGAUGAAAGGAGAAUGCUGAGUAGAUUUGGAAUUUGGUUAAUGGUGGCACAUUGUCCUCCUGUGCCUGAAGCAACACCGAGCUCUGUUGGAUAUCUUCUUGGUGCUCUAUUCCAAUGGUUCUCUACUACGGCAUUACUGCCCAAUGAUGCUAUGGGGCAAACGCUAGAACAACUCAAAGCUGACUUUGGGUGUGACUGGCUCAACCAAGCAUUAUCUAACCACUACGAAGUUUUUAUUAACGAACUUCUCCCACAACAACUAGAACCACUCUAUGGAAAUAUAGAAGAUACAAUUUGGGAUGAGCGUUUUGUUCGUAAAGAGAUUAUGCGCGAUGGAUUGAGUAAACUACUUGCAUUGGCUCCAUAUGACAUUAUAUCCAUAACAACGUGGUCUAGAGUUAUGCCACAUUGGCUACACUCUUUAAAUAAUGAUUUGGUUAGCGAGGAGGAUUUGCUGGAGUUGAAGGUGCCUAUCAGUAAAUUGUUUGAACCUGAUCUUUGUGCCCUGUCUUUUGAGCCUCAACGUCUUUACGAAUUUUUGGCAAUCCGGCUACAGUCAAAUUCCUACGAAGAAAUACUCAAAGCACUCGAUUGGCUACAUUUACUUUCACGAAUCGACAUUCGAAUAUCGCUAGAACUCCUCUUGGAGAUGUUCUCCAUCUCUUUACGUCAAAUCCCAUUGCCUACAUCAGGAGAACUACUGAUUCAACAAAAACAGCCUCAACAUAGGGACAAUGAAUCCAAGCCUGUGGAUGGAGUAAAUUCUGGUUUGGCUAGUCCAGAGAGUCGGGAGAAUAAAAUUAUGGAAGAGGAGGAACCAGAGAGUGCUGAGAAUUCACAACAGACACUUGAAGGACCUAUGGCCGCACAAUUAGUUAUGACAGACAUACUUGCCCAGCAAAUUAAACUAGCUGGGGGUGCUAGUGCAAUGACAUCAGCAUCUCUAUUAGAGCAUCUCUUUUCAUUAAUAGCAGCUCUACUUGAAUACCAACCCGAAGAAAGAUUUAUAGAAAAUGGUUGGCCACAUACUUGUAGGGAUCCGGAGGGUGAUCAGUUCGCAGACUGUCUGCGUUGUCAACAGGCUCUUUUUCUGUAUCAGGUAUUACUCCAAGUUCUCGAACAAUUUUGUCCCAAAGAGGAAUCACGCCUUGAUGCUCUCAAUUACGGAGACGAAACAGCACGUGAUUUUGCCGAUUGGCUAAGCGAGGCUAGCAGCUCUGUUCACCAACAACAACCUCAGGGUGUUGUAACCGAUGGUAACUCUCCGAGGCCCUCGCCCUCUCCUCGAGCUUUAUCUUCUUCUCCUGCCGGGCAUACAUUCUUUGGAUCACCAAUUACUCAAAAAAGACAACAACAACAGCCUGUUCAGAAGACAUCAACACCCUUAAUUAAGGCUAGACAGGAGGUAAGCACACCAAGUGCCGAAAUGGUAGGCGCUUUACCCACUGAUGACGUUGAUUCAGCAAGUGAACAAGUUGCAGCAUUUUCAUUUGCUGAACAAAGCCCUCUGGGAGUAGCCUGUAUAAGUGCUACAGUUAUUGGUGGAUUAUUACAACAACAAGAAGCGGCUUUAACCGAGAAGAAUGCUUCGGAAGCGGUCGAUGGGGAGGGUAAAAUAAAAAUAGGAAAGACUGAACAAAAAGAGGAACAACGCAUAUUUUGGGAAACCUCAGUAGGACGAUUUCGUUUUUCUUUGGAGCAACUACCUGCUCAGUUAAGACUGACAUAUGUAUUGCUUAAGAAUAUUGAGCGAGAGCCCGAUCCAGAUGUUCAAUUCUUCCUUCUGAGUAUGCUUAAAUACUUGUUUCUGCAUAGAGAGUGCCUCUUGAACGCACGAAAGGAGCAAGGUUCCUUAAAAAAUUCGAAUACCCUCAAAAAUAAUUUAACAGAGCAUCGCGGUUUUCUUGUCUGGAUACAAGAGAAUUUGUUGAUCCCUCGACUUUGGAGCUUGUUACGAUCUGACUACUCACAUGUUGGCCAAAUGGCAACUCCACUCCUUUUACAUGCUAUCACUCUUCCAUUGGGGGAUGACGUCUUUUGGGAAAGUGUGAAUGCAGAAUUUACUUCCUCCGAAUGGGAACGACGCUUAAAAGCUGUGGAUCGAGUCCUAGUACUUGCCCAUUUUGUACCUCCUGCUGCUGUUCGCUCAAACAGAACACUGUUAACGUCGUUGAGUUGCGCAUUCUCUCAUCUAAUAGUCUCAGUGCACGACCCAAACCCAGCUGUCGCUCAGAAGGCUCUUCUCUUACUUGAAGCACUUCCUCGCAGUUCGUUAACGCUAAUUUGUCACUGUUUGGAAGCCCAAUUUGAUUCGUGCAUACUUGACCGUCCAUUAAUCAUUGCACGUAUUCAUCUACUUAGCGUGCUUCUCCCAGAGGAGAAUUUACUGUCCUGGGACUUUUUUAUUCAAAGAUUCGAAACUUUAUCAUUGGAGGCUCAUCUUAAAGCUCAACAGAAUGCUGGAGCUGAUGCUAGUAUGCAUUUUUUGCAAGAUCUUCUCCAUUCUGAUCCAAUGAGUGAUGUUUAUCAGCGGAAAGUUACCCGCGCUCGACAAUCCCUCAACGAGGCAGACAACGUGCGCUCGAUUGUGCGUUCACUUCGGGAACAUUCUUUGCGUCAUCAACUUAAUCCCGGUGUACGUGGUGACCAAGUGGAUUUGGCUCAUCCAUUAGUGCAAUCAACAGUCUCUGCUUCAUCUCUCAGCCCUAGAGCUAUCGGCUCUGAUUCCCGGUAUGGUAGAAUGCGUGAAUUUACCGAUGAAGAGUCCAAUCUUUGUUUGCUGUUAAACCGGGUAGUGGAUAUGCAAAACCCGGAAAGACAUACAGUAUCACUCGUGGUUUCAUUGUUUGUCCAUUUUUUGGCUAGCAAGAGAUGUGGCCCUGCUGAUAAUGCGAAGAAGCUAAGUGUCCUUCUUCGACAUUUCAAUACUCUUCUUGGCUACAGUAACUCUGAGAAGUGCUUCACAAUACCCCCUGCUCGUCUACGUCGCGCAGCCGUCUGCAACGCUUUUUUGCAUGGAUUACCAGGAGUACUGGAUUCUAAUUUGCUGAUAGGCAAUCAAUUGCUUUCUAUCGUUCUUCAACUUCUCCUUUACCUACCCUCACCUCAAAAAUUUGCUAGCGAUGCCCCUUCAGCCGAUUAUUCUCUUCGGUUGCUUUCUACGCAACAAAGGCAUAAUUGGCUACAUUCAAUUAUCAUUAUACUUUACAAAUAUCGUUGCGACGCUGCCCCUACAAACGACGCUAUACGCAAACAGAUGCUUAUAGUUGUACAGACCUUGGAGCAGCAAUGCCAUCGUUGUCCUCCUACCUCACAAAAUCAGGAGCAACAACCACCUGUAGCUAUAGCACCUGAAAAUAAGGAGAGGCGAUCGGCUACGUGUCUUUUGGAAGCACCUGGGCCUGAUGGGCAGUGGUCGUCGUCUACAGAGGAUUCUGAACUUGGAAAUGAUUCAGGCUAG